GGCAGAUUAUCGUUUAAAGGUAGGCCUGUGUUCUGCUUCGUGCUCUACAGAUAAAAGUCCAUGGGAACUUCAGAGGGUGUCCGAAAGCGCCAUAAGCCUCGGCCCGGUGGCACCAAUGUGGGGAAGAAGGAGAAGAAAGCAGAGGCGGGCCAAUGGGGGAGAGCAUGGGAGGUGGACUGGUUCUCGUUGACUGGUGUGAUUCUGCUGCUCUGCUUCACCCCGUUUAUCGUCUUCUUCUUCAUUAUGGCGUGCGAUCAGUACCAGUGCUCCGUCAGCUUAGUUUUGCUGGACAUUUACAACGGAGACGCAAGUCCACUGAGCAUCUUGAAGAAAGCGCCCUCUGUCACCUGGACCGCCAGCAAAAUCUACGCUGCCUGGGUCACCUUCCAGGUGGUGCUGUAUAUGUGCAUCCCAGAUAUUACUCAUAAGUUCUUGCCAGGUUACGUUGGAGGGGUGCAGGAAGGAGCUCGAACACCAGCAGGCCUGAUUAAUAAGUAUCAGAUCAACGGGUUGCAGUGCUGGAUUAUAACGCACGUUUUAUGGGCGGCCAAUGCGUAUCACUUCCACUGGUUCUCUCCCACGAUCAUCUUUGACAACUGGAUCCCGUUGCUGUGGUGCACCAAUAUCCUGGGCUACACCGUCUCCAUGUUCGCUUUUAUCAAAGCCUACUUGUUCCCCACCAAUCCAGAAGACUGCAAAUUCACAGGAAACUUUUUUUACAACUUCAUGAUGGGCAUUGAGUUUAAUCCGCGCAUCGGGAAAUGGUUUGACUUCAAACUCUUCUUUAAUGGUCGGCCCGGGAUUGUCGCCUGGACUUUGAUUAACCUGUCCUACGCUGCCAAACAACAGGAGCUCUAUGGACAUGUGACUAACUCCAUGAUUCUGGUCAACGUGCUGCAGGCCAUCUAUGUGUUAGAUUUCUUCUGGAAUGAAGCCUGGUAUUUAAAAACAAUUGACAUCUGCCACGAUCAUUUCGGUUGGUACCUGGGCUGGGGUGACUGCGUCUGGCUGCCUUUCCUGUACACACUACAGGGCCUGUACCUGGUCUACAACCCAAUCCAGCUCUCCACACCUUACGCCUUGGCUGUCCUUGCCCUCGGCCUGGUAGGCUACUACAUCUUCCGCUCGGCCAACCAUCAGAAGGACUUGUUCCGGCGCACGCAGGGUCAGUGCACCAUCUGGGGCCGCAAGCCAACCUACAUCGAGUGCUCGUACCGUUCAGCCGGCGGCGGCAUUUAUAAGAGCAAGCUGCUCACGUCAGGCUUCUGGGGCACUGCACGUCACUUUAACUACACAGGCGACCUCCUGGGCGCGCUGGCGUACUGCAUGGCAUGCAGCAACGGGCACCUGCUGCCCUAUUUCUACAUCGUCUACAUGACAAUCUUGCUGGUCCACCGCUGUAUCCGUGACGAACAUCGCUGCAGCAGCAAGUAUGGCGAAGACUGGAAGCGCUACACAGCCGCUGUGCCUUACCGCCUACUGCCCGGGAUCUUUUAGAAGACCAGGAAGUGCAUUUCUUUUCUUUUGCUCAGUAGCAAUCAGAAUUAUUUUAGCUUUUUACUAGUUUCAGUACAGAUUAACUUGUCUACCUCAUUUCAUGUCAUUUGGUUUGACCUGAAAUUGAACGCAAGGAACUGUGAUGAAAAUUGACUCAUGUUUGCAAAUGUUUUCUGACCAAUUUGUGAAGCAGGUGUGUGUGUGUUUCUCUAUGUAUUAUCCAGUAUAAAAGUAGGCUCUUCUAUGUAUUUUCAAAGUCACUGUCAAUGUUUUAUACAAAGGCUUUUGUAAGAAUUAUUGGUAGCUUCUACAAGAAAUCCAAACAACUAAAUCUAGCUCUGUCUCGGAGUUUAUUUUAUGAAAAGCUUUCCGCAAUAACAGUUUGUCAGAUUAAACUUAUGUUCAGGCCAGCCAUGUUCUGAUCAGAACGAAGCUUAAACUGCUGAUGA